GCUGCUCCCUGGGGUGACGGGCAGAGGGGCCUCUUCCAGGCAGCAUGGAGCAGUAUGAGCCCAUCUCCAGCAUCGGCCAGGGCUCCAGCGCAGAAGUCUUCCUGAUGAGGAAUGCCCAGACGAAGCAGCUGUUCGCCGUGAAGAAGGUCAAAGCGGUCCCGGGGAAAAGGCUGCGGAGCAAAGAGGCCAUCCUGCGGGAAGUGGCCAUCCUGCGGCAGCUCCAGCACCCCCACGUGGUUGCCUGCCAUGGCCACUUCCUGGACACGGAGGAGGCGCAUGUUUUCAUUGUGCAAGAGUACUGCGACGGGGGCUCCCUUGACCAGCACAUCCGGAAAGGGGGGCCCUUCCCCGAGAGCGUCAUCAUGCAAUGGUUUGUCCAGCUGGCCAUGGCGGUGCAAUACAUCCAUGCCCUGAAAAUCCUGCACCGAGACAUCAAGGCGUCCAACGUCUUCCUCACACAGACGUGGGUCCUCAAGCUGGGAGACUUUGGCAUCUCCAAGGUGAUGGACGGCACCCUGGAGCUGGCCAGCACCUUUGUGGGCACGCCCUACUACCUCAGCCCCGAGCUCUGCAGGGACCUGCCCUAUAGCUCCAAGGCCGACAUCUGGGCCCUGGGCUGCCUCCUGUUUGAGAUGUGUGCCCUCCAGCCGCCCUUCCAAGCGCUCAGCCUGAUCAGCUUGUUCCACAAGAUUGUGAAUGGCAGCCCCGACCCUGUCCCAGCUGGCUACCCACCCUCCUUGCACAACUUGAUCCGAACCCUCUUGCAAAAGGACCCCGAGGCACGGCCCAGCGCUGGCACCAUCCUCACCUUCCCAUACGUCCAGGAGCACCUCAGCCUUUACUUCCUCCAUCGGGACCCUCGGCCGCCCCGCAAGCUGCAGCCAGAAGCCCUUCCCAAAGGAGAGGGGGCUAAGUCCAGUCUGCCUGAGGCUGGCCCAGAGGGCACCCUGGGCUCUCCGAGCAGUGAAGCCAGGGCACCAGGCUCUACUCGGCUCCCCUCUCUGCAGCAGUGCUGGGACCUCGACGACAGUCCAAGUGUCUGCAGCAGCGGUUCGCAAUACUCAGCAGACUUUGAAGACACCAGUACUUCUUCUGUCGGCAGCAGCUCAGAUGUAGAUCUACCCAACACUGAUGCUGUGGAGAUGGCGACUGACACUUCUUCUGAGAACUGGGACCCCGGUGACUUUGAGGACUCAGAGGAGGCAGCCCUGGCGGAAGCCGUGGACAACCUUGAAUGGGCCAUGCAAGACAGCAAGUCCUCUUUGACCUCCGGGAGCUCCCAGAAGCGCAUGGGUGACAGUGAUUUUGGGGGAAGCGACUCCAGCAGUUUCACCUCCAGGGACUCAGAGCACCUGUCAUGUUCGGAAGACUCUGAGCACGCAGAGGUUUGCCGCCUACUGCAAAAUCUGGGCCUGGAGCAUGGUGGGGGGAGCGCCAGAGGCAACCCCACACAAACGCGAGGGACAGUGGCCGGCCCUGGACGUCGGUGA